AUGGAACAGGAGAAGAAGAUGAUGAUGACGACGACGACGACGACGAAAUUGACAACAGCAACAACACCAUCUGCUUCAGCUACAGCUACGGCGACGCCCACUACAACCAGCACGCCAAUUAUUGGGAAAAGUAACAUGUACGGUGUCUCCGGAAUGGGCCACAAGCACUACUACUCUGCGCUCCCACCGCUUCGCGCGCUGUUCAGAGAGAGCGCGAACAUGCCAUUGAGCAAUACCCCGAGGGUUCUACCACGCAUAGAUCAACUUACGAUCAAUUGCGGGCCCUCUUCUCUCAACUGCGACGAUACUAUGACGAAACGAUCCCCACCACCAAAGCCACACCACGACCACGACUCUGCCCAGAAUUCGGUACAUACCCCAGUACACACCCCAGUACAUACCCCAGUACAGCCAGAAUCCUUCGACAUUGAGUUUAGAAAGCUACAGGAACAAUUGUUGCGCGACAGGCCGGAGCCCGGGUACGUCAACGAGUGGAACCGCAAGCAAGGUCGCGGCGCUAGAUACAAGAAAAAGAUCCACGUGAAAACGUGCCAUAUAUGCCACAAGGAGUUUUCGAGGCCCAGCACUUUGAAAACACACAUUGUCGUUCAUUCUCCGGUGAAACCGUUCAAGUGCACGCACCCGGGCUGCAACAAGAGUUACAACGUGAAGAGUAACCUGAGAAGACACGAGAAGAAGCAUCAGCUGUAG